AUGCCUAUUUCAGAACUUCUCAAUCGCCGGGUGCGAGCUAGACCAGAGGAGGAUGAAGAGGAUUACUCCGACGAUGCGCCAUCUGAGGUCGGGGUUCAGAACGAGGACUCGCAGGCAUCAGACUCGGAAGAUGGAAGUGAAGACGGAUCCGAGGGGGCGGACAAUCUGUCUGAUGGUUCCCAAUCGGACAACGCAAGCGAAGACGAAGCGGACGACAGUGAAGACGACGAAGACGACGACGGAAAAGAAGACGUACGAGCCUCCCUCAACAACAUCUCCUUCGGCGCCCUAGCCAAAGCGCAAGCAUCCCUGGGCACGAAAAGCAAGCGCAGCGCCAAAACCUCCAAAUCCACCGAAGAACCCACUCCUUCGCCGAUCGACGACAUCCGGGCCCGGAUCCUUGAGGCGCGCGAGCAGAAACGGCAAGCAUUGAAAGACAUCGAGAAGGCGUCUCGAUCGUCCAAACAUGCUCCGAUGAUCCAGUCGUCCAAGAAGGCCGUUUCCCGCAAACGAACAAUUGUCGAGCCCCCCUCUGUCCCCAAAUCUCGCGAUCCACGAUUCGACCCGACGAUCGUGAACCAAGGCGGUCGGUCGAACACGGAAGCUGCCGAGAAGGCGUAUGGUUUUCUGGAUGAAUACCGUGCCAACGAACUCAAGGCCUUGAAGGAGCAGCUUGCGAAGACCAAGAAUGUGAAUGAGAAGGAGGAGCUAAAGCGCACUAUUCGGUCUACUUCCGAUCGUCUACGUGCCAUGGAGAACAAGAGGCGCGAGAGAGAGGUCAUGGCCGACCAUAAGAAACGAGAGAAGCAACUCAUCAGCGAAGGAAAGAAGAGCAACCCCUACUAUAUGAAGAAGUCGGAUCUGAAGAAGCAGGUCAUGCUCAAGAAGUACGAGAGCAUGAACUCCAAGGAGCGGGCCAAGGCUCUGGAGAGAAGACGGAAGAAGAUGACCUCCAAAGAGCGCAAGGAGAUGCCCAUGGAACGAAGGGGUAUGGGUGAUGGUGCUAAUGGUGAGGGACGAAAACGCCGGAGGAUGGAAUAA